AUGGCGGCUUCCACCGAUGUUAAAGAUGUCGCCGCACUCGAUGAGCAUAUCAAAGGGAGAGGUCUUGCCAGCACCAUGGAUCCCGAGAGGAGAAAACAAGUCGAGAAGAAACUAAAGCGGAAGCUCGAUCUACGAUGUUCCUACUUCGUCCUCAUCUACAUCAUGAACUAUCUGGAUCGCAACAACAUCGCGUCGGCUCGAUUGGGAGGGCUAGAAGACGACCUGCAAAUCGGCCCAGUUCAAUAUUCAACAUGUCUAUCCAUUCUCUACGUUGGAUACAUUUUGAUGCAGGUGCCGUCCAAUAUGAUCAUAAAUCGAAUAUCGCGACCCUCGUGGUACAUCUCAGCAGCCAUGCUCCUCUGGGGCAUGAUCUCAACACUUUCGGGCAACGUAACCAAUUUCGGUGGUAUGAUCGCAAUUCGCUUCUUCAUCGGCUUCGUCGAAGCAGCCUUCCUCCCCGGAGCGCUGCUGAUCCUCUCUAAAUGGUACACACGACGCGAACUGACAACCCGCAACGCAAUUCUCUUCUGCGGCAACCUCAUCUCCAAUGCUUUCUCGUCGCUUGUUGGUGCGGGAGUGUUGGGUAACAUGGAGGGGACGCUGGGUCAUCGUGCGUGGCGAUGGCUCUACUGGAUCGAGGGUGCCAUCACUAUGGGUAUCGCCAUCGCCGCCAUCUGGAUUCUUCCUGAUCUCCCGCACAACAGCAAAGGUUUCACCGAGGAAGAGCGCGCCGUCGCUGUUCUUAGAAUGACCGAGGAUGUCGGUGAGGCCGAUGCCGAUUCAGAGACACAGUCCCCCUUCGCCGGCCUUAUCAUGGCAGUCAAGGAUCUCAAGAUCUAUGUCAUGAUGAUUACUUUUACAGCCUAUGUCAUCGGUCUCUCUUUCAACGCUUUCUUCCCAACUCUCACUGGGACUCUGGGCUUCCCGAAGAUUCCGACGCUGCUCAUGUCCGCGCCUCCAUGGGCUUUUUCGUGCCUUGUCUCGUUGAUCAACGCGUGGCAUGCCGACAAGACCGAGGAGCGCUUCUGGCACAUCGUCGGUCCUAUCUUUGGAGGAAUAUUGGGAUUCGUUAUCAGCAUGUCCACUGAGAACGUGGCAGCUCGCUACGUCGCGCUCUUCCUACAAGCUUCAGCCUAUGCAGGCUUCAUCGUCUUCUACUCGUGGAUCUCGUCGUCUUUCCCACGUCCUCCUGCGAAGCGCGCCGUCGCUAUCGCCAUGGUCAACGCGUUCUCGCAGCUUGGCAACAUUGCUGGUUCGUAUGUCUGGGGUAUGAAGGCGGAUGGUUACCGCAAUAGUUACGGAGUGGUUACGGCCAUGUUUGGUAUUACGGUUGUCGGAUGUUACAUCUUCAGAGUCAUCUUGCAACGGUUGAAUAAGAAGAUCGAGGCAGGCGAGGAGGCGUGGGUUACAACUGGUGAUGUGGCGGCGCAGACGGCAAAGGAUGAGGGUGUUUCGGUGGAAGAGGGCAUUCGUUUGCAGAGAGGGUUCAGGUAUUUGAUCUAGUCUUGGAUCUAGAUGAUAAAAGUAGGGAGAUUGUACGGCGAUGGCAGUUUACUACAUAUGAUUGGAAUUCAGUAUUCCUACUAUAGUGCAUGAUCCCGGCUGUAGUCUCUGCUACAAGUGCUUGUGUAGUGAAUGCUCAGUGAGCAAACAGAGCAAUGUGAUGAUCACAUAAUAUAGUACCACGUACCUGCUUAACCUGGGUAGGUAUCUAUCAAUUUAUCACUUAGAACAUUGUGACAUCCGAGUCCCAGGUUGGGUAUUCAACUUUGGUAUCACGCUUCUGGUCGUCACUACAGUUGAUAUCUAUGACACCCUGCAUCGUCGUCUACACUCGUCAGUCUCCUACACCGUGAUGCAGCUUUUAUACACAGCAAUGUCCUUUGUAUAGUCUGCAUACUUUUGUAUCUGGUACUAUCAAUGUGGAAACGAGUCUACCAAGGUAAAACGCUGCGGAAUUCAAGUCUGCACGUGUCUUGCUCCUGCAAAGAUAUUUCGGUUUGUCAUGUCUCAUCGUAUCUCGAUACCAAGGGGACCAUGCUUUUUUUUAUAGCAGAGGGCGACGAGCGUACCAUGGUUCCCAACCUCGACACUACAAAUCCGUACAUCUCC